AUGACGACCCCUCGAUUCGAUCCCAGAUUCACCGAAAAUGUCAUCAAUGCCAUGGGACCGAAUACCUCUCCACGGAUUCGACAGGUGAUGGGGAGUCUCAUCCGCCACGUUCAUGACUUUGCGCGGGAAAACGAACUCACGGUCGACGAGUGGAUGGCGGGCGUAAAGCUACUCAACUGGGCUGGUCAGAUGAGCGAUGAUAAGCGAAAUGAGGGCCAACUCGUGUGUGACGUGCUCGGAUUAGAAUCAUUGGUCGAUGAAAUCACUUUCACUCUCGCCGGAGAAGCCAAAGAUGCGCCUACCGCGACGGCCAUUCUCGGCCCAUUCUUCCGUGCCGAUACUCCCUAUCGUCCAAAUGGCACCGACAUCGUCCUCACCAAGCCUAAAGGGGGCGGAGAGAUGGUCUUUAUGCAUGGCCACGUCAUUGAUUUCAGGACAAAGAAGCCACUUGCCGGCGCUGAUGUGGAAGUCUGGCAGGCUUCGACGAAUGGGCUUUAUGAGCAGCAAGAUCCCGAACAAGCUGAGCAUAACCUGCGUGGUAAAUUCAAGACGGACGAGGAAGGUCGCUAUUACUUUUAUUGUUUACGGCCCACGCCGUAUCCUAUUCCGAACGACGGGCCCAGUGGCAAGUUGUUGACUUUGAUGGAUCGUCAUCCAUUCCGUCCAGCUCAUAUUCAUAUCCUUGCUACAAAGGAAGGCUACCGCCCCUUGACCACGCAAAUAUUUGAUCGCCAAGACAAAUAUCUGGACAAUGACUCUGUAUUUGCGGUCAAGGACUCGUUGAUUGUGGACUUUGUUCCUCUCAAAAAUGACCCUCACGCGAGUCUAGAGCUCGAGUACGACGUAAAGCUUGUUGCUGAUGCCGUUUCUAAUGAUGUAUAA